GCCCGGCCAUGAGCGCGGCUGCUGCCGCCGCCGCCCGGGAGGAGCCGCAGCGCCGGGCGACCGCGCCCGGGCCUCGGGUCCUGUCACUCGGCAGCAUGUGCCCCAGACCCUGACCGCCAGGCGCCGAGCGUCCCCGUGAUGCCCCGCAGCCGGCUCUGAGGGUGCGCCAGGAAACCAUGCAGCCGUCAGGACACCGACUGCGGGACGUCGAGCAUCACCCGCUGCUGACUGAGAAUGACAGCUACGACUCCUCGUCCUCGUCCUCCGAGGCCGACCUGGCGGACCGGGUGUGGUUCAUCCGCGACGGCUGUGGCAUGGUCUGCGCCGUCAUGACGUGGCUCCUGGUCGUCUACGCGGACUUCGUGGUGACCUUCGUCAUGCUGCUGCCCUCCAAGGACUUCUGGUACUCCGUGGUCAACGGGGUCGUCUUCAACUGCCUGGCGGUGCUCGCCCUGUCCUCGCACUUGCGGACCAUGCUCACCGACCCCGGGGCGGUGCCCAAGGGAAAUGCCACCAAGGAGCACAUGGACAGCUUGCAGCUGAAGCCCGGGGAGGUGAUCUACAAGUGCCCCAAGUGCUGCUGCAUCAAGCCGGAGCGUGCCCACCACUGCAGUAUCUGUAAAAGGUGCAUUCGGAAGAUGGAUCACCACUGCCCGUGGGUGAACAACUGCGUGGGCGAGAAGAACCAGAGGUUCUUCGUGCUCUUCACCAUGUACAUAGCGCUGUCGUCCGUCCACGCUCUGAUCCUCUGUGGGCUGCAGUUCAUCUCCUGUGUCCGCGGGCAGUGGACUGAGUGCAGCGACUUCUCUCCCCCGAUAACUGUAAUACUGUUGAUCUUCCUGUGCCUUGAGGGGCUUCUGUUCUUCACGUUCACGGCCGUCAUGUUCGGCACCCAGAUCCACUCGAUAUGCAACGACGAGACGGAGAUCGAGAGGUUGAAAAGCGAGAAGCCCACGUGGGAGCGGAGGCUGCGGUGGGAAGGGAUGAAGUCCGUCUUUGGGGGUCCCCCCUCACUGCUCUGGAUGAACCCCUUUGUUGGCUUCCGACUGAGACGGCUGCAGGCGAGACCCAGGAAGGGAGGCGCUGAGUUCUCCGUGUGAGGCCGCCCGCCGGGCUGGAGCUCAGCCGUGUUCCGUUACUCGCACGGGUCCGCGGGGGUCCGUGACCCCUGGGCAAGCCAGGGCCUCCUCCGUGCCGCUGACCAGAGGGCAGCUGGAGCUGUUAGGAAUUCUUGCAUUUCUAGGAAGCUGGCUGGGCGAUGACAGGGGUGACCGAAGUCCUGUGUGCUGAGCUGCUUCCUUCAGUCUCAAUCCAGGGAACAAGAAUUCUGCACGCGGGCGUGUCGGCGUCCCCCGGCGCUUCACCACCGCCGGGCGCCUCGCACGGAAGCUGCACUGGGCAGCAGAGGCGGCUUCCGGCACACGGCCCGCUGCCCGGCGCAGGCCCCCUGGGCCCCUUCCAGAAGUCCGUGUGCGUGUGUGUGCACUGUGUGUGUGCAUGUGUGUCCCAAUCGGCAGUGUUCAGGCGCCGUGACCUCCAGCGGCCGUGUCCGGCGGACAAGCUGUUCUGCAGACGCCGAGGCUUCAGGGAAGGGGGGGUGCGGCCCUCCCGGCGCGCUCCCUGUGAACGUACUGCGGGCAGAGCGCGUCUCGAUCCAAAGAACAGGCGUCCGCGCUCCCCUGGGCCCCCUGCUCGCCUUUGUUUAAACAAUCUAGACAGUGGCUGAGGGCCUUGGAACCGGUUUCUUUUUUUUUUUAUGUUCCAGCCAACUUAGCAGUGUAGACUGGCACCUCAGUGAUAGGAGGCGGCCUCACGCCGUGCAGCGCUGUGCUGACACAGGUGUGGGGAGAAGCAGGGGCUGGUGAGGGGACCCCCGGCCAGGUGGUGACACGGACUUGGCCAGAAAGCAAACAGCUCCCCUCGGGGACUUGCCUUAACUUGCCGGCCGCGUCCAGCAGUGGCUUGUGACAGUCCGGGGCUUCCGCUGGGGUCUCCUCGCCGGGAGCUGUUCUGUUUGUCUUAAUUACCCCACACCCUGUCCUGGCCAGGGCAGCCCAGGCACCCGCUGGAGGCACGGGCAGCCAGCGAGCAGGGCACCGGCCGUGUCCCAGCAGGGGGACAGACAGCCGGGGGUCCAGGCGCCAGAUCCGUUUCCGGAGGUGGUUUGCAUCUUCAUUUGCACAUCUGGGUUGUUCGCGUGCACUGGGCUUCGGCAUGAGGUUUCUCGUAGCUGUCCUCUUUGUUAAGAGCCCCGAAGCGGCUGAACCCUGUGAGACUUGGCAAGUCUGUGCGGGCCCAGGAUACUUGAGUUUUCAACCUCUUCUUGCAAUGUAACUUUUAUAUGAAAUAAAGUAACCAAUGACAGUU